CUCAAUGAUCGACUGGAUCCUUUUGGUGGCCAGAACAGCUACUUACGGGUACCCGGAGGCCAUUCUGGACGGACAUCACCGAGUGUCGCUUCGAACACUUCGGAGCCAGAGUCAUGUAUUGACGAUCGCUAUCAAGACGAUGACGAUGUCGAUAUCGGUAAGAAAACGAGAGAAUCCCUCAGUUUGAGCCGUGUACAUGAAUAG